AACCACGCUGCCCACUCUGCGGGGGCCGAGAGACUAAGAGCCACAAUCCCUUUAUCAUCUAUCUGCCUGUGUUUCCCCUCCAUCUGGUCAGAUUGUCGCUGCCACCUCCCCGAGCCUCUCAAGAAACAGUACGAAAUCGUCGACUUCAGCCAUGGCUCUGAACCUCGAGAAACAGCUAUUAUUUUAUGGCUCAUACCAUCAUGAUCCGGUCAACGUGGGAAUUCACAUUGUUUUCGUACCGAUACUCCUUCUCACAGGCUUUCUUUUUGGCACAAACACUCCGGCUCUACCAAUUCCCGAGUGGCUGACCGUGCCAUAUCUACCACCCAAUCUAGGGACGAUAGCCUGUCUGGUCUACUCGUCCCUCUACGUUCUGAUGGAACCUGUCGCUGGCGCCAUGCUAGCACCGUUGCUGUUGGGAGGCACGGCCUACGCCAACCACUUGACAUCCACGUACGGCAUGCAGGCCACUUACGCUGCCAUCGGCGUUCACAUAGUGUCCUGGCUGGUCCAGUUUAUAGGGCAUGGUGUAUUCGAAGGCCGAGCUCCGGCUCUUCUCGAUAAUCUGGUGCAAGCAAUCUUUCUGGCGCCGUUCUUUGUAUGGUUGGAGGUUUUAUUUGCGUUGGGCUACCGCCCUGAACUCAAGUCUCGACUGGACAAUGCAAUCGAAAAGGAACUGAAGAAGCUGCAAUCAAAAAAGGCGGUAAAGCAGCCAGGAGACAAGGCGAAUGGUCGAGCGUCGUGAUGAUAUCCAUUUACACCUACUUCAAGCCACUACGACCCAACGAAGAACGCAACACCUGUAGGCGUUUACACAGUAGCAGAAUGAAUAUAACUGAUACAUAUAGCGCUGUGUGCAUAAUGCUCUUUCGCCACUCGGUUUCGAUUGAACCAAAGCAGGCGCAUGUGAUACCUCGGCUUGUGGGUACUUCUAUGAGGCCUAUGUACAGUCCCAAGCGAGGAGGCGUCACACUGCGAUGUGGGAAGCUUGCUGAUAUCGAAGCUUGGGCUUUCCCUCACGCGGCAUCUCGCUGGAACUCUGCUCACUUCUCGCAAUUCCUGCAGGCGAAUAAUUGGGCUUCGUCGGUGUGAAUGACAAUAUGAGGUGCCAUUGCCAGUAUUGAUCGAUAGGCCAGCCAGCCUCCACUGCAACCAUCUCGCCGGUGCAUUUGUAGCUCACUCUCGACGGAACCCCCGUUUCGACAUGCUUCGUAUUAGUGACCUGCGGCCACUCGAUAAAGUCCAGGCUGCUGUCGGCUUUCACUUCACUCCCUGGGCUUGAGCGCUCUUUUCCAGCCUCGGUCGCCAAUCCCGAAGACGUUGAACUGGACCUCCUUCAAUGACAACGUCUCUUUCGUCCGCUGGUCUUCCCAGCACCGUCCCCUGCAAUCUGCUGUCGUCGCCAGACUUACUGUGCUUCUUCUUCAAUGCCGUGAAGAAAUCGUCCUCCUUUACCACACUGCCUCCAACACCGAUCAAGGGCACUGCGCCGGGAACAUUGAGAUCCUUCUCGAGGCCUGCCACUCGCUUGAUCUCCCGAUAUUGACUAGAGUCGUACCAUCUUGCAAACUCUCUCACGUCUUCCGUGUCCUCAUCAUCUCGCUUCCGCUUCUCCGCAAUCAUACGCUGCUUGCCAGCCUUGGGCACAUCUGCCAUUUCUGCCAAGGGAAUGCGCAUUCGCUCUUUCCAAGCCUCCUCUGCGGCGCCUUCGAGCGGGAUCAGCACACCGCAGUCCGACAGAGCCAUGCGCACGUCGGAUAUGGUUGGCACGGGGUCGUUGUGACUGGAGACGGCAUGCUGUGCGGUGGUAGACGCGAGGAGGACGAGAUGUCGUUCGGCUAGGUUGAGCAGUGUGUCGAGCACUGAUGGCUUGGUGCUGUGAAAGCCGGCAGCACGUAACGUAUGAAGAAUGGCGGGUCGCAGCAACGCGCGAUGCAGAUCGUGCGAUUGCGACAUGUUGCAGUGGCGAUUAUGGCCUGGGCGGUGUGCGUGAGGUCGUAUUAAUGCGCGUCGAUUGAGGCGCGCGCGCGAGCAGACGACGCCGUUACAUGUGUCGUGGUGGCAGUGACUGGCGG